UAAAUUUGUAUUUCAUAUUUAAUAAUUACAAUUUUCAUAAUAAAUUACAGAUCAUUUACGUUGAUAUUAUCCUACAGCUGCAGGGCAAAAGGUAUCGAGUGAAAAUUUUAAAUAAAUAUUUUAACCGGACUUGAAUGUUGGCAACAUCUGACUCAUCGUUUCUUGGAAAACACAAACUUCAAAUAUGGAAAAAAAUUGGCGAAGGGUCGUUUUCCAAGGUUUACUUAACUAAAGUCGGAGAUGCUGAAGACAAAAAUCCGACAAUGAUCGCAACAAAAGUGAUAAACAAGAAUCGUGUUUCCAGUAAGUUCGUUGAAAAAUUUUUACCCCGUGAACUCGACGUGUUGGUCAAACUCAAGCAUCCGUACAUAGUACAGGUGUUCAGUGUAUUCCAGAACGGUUACAAGAUCUACAUAAACAUGGAAUUCGCUGAGAACGGUGAUCUGUUCACGCACCUGCACAAUACGGUAAUGAGCGAAUCGCAAAUCCGUUCGUGGUUAAUGCAGAUCCUGUGGGCGUUUAUCUACAUGCACACCAUGGGCGUAGUGCACAGGGACUUGAAGUGCGAGAACAUACUGCUGACCAGCAACUACAAUGUGCGUAUAGCCGACUUCGGGUUUGCCAGGUUCGUGGACCGAGGAAGGAAUCCUGGCGCAGACACGUUGUGCGGCACGAUGACCUAUUCGUCGCCGGAGCUUUUGUUUGGCAACCGGCCUUAUAACCCAGUGGUCGCGGACGUGUGGGCUAUUGGUGUCGUGCUGUACAUGAUGGCCAACAACAUGGCGCCAUUCCGCGACAAGACUAAGGAAGAAAUACACAAGAAACAGAUCUCUAAAAAUUAUGCAUUCCGAAAGACAUUGGGUCGAAGUAGACCAUUGAUAAAUUUGACUGCAACGUUUCUAGAGCCAGAUUACAUGAAGCGAACAAAAUUAAAGAAUGCUUUGCAACAUUCGUGGGUCAGAGAAGGCAAUAUCAAAACGCCCGUGGAUGUGAUCACAGCAAACGAAUCAGAUAGAGCCAUUAAUAGCAAUCCUAUAAUCACGCAGACUUCAUUAAAAGUACCCGCAUUUCAUUACCACUUAUCAGAAUACGGAAAAACGAUUAGCAAAAUUAACGAAGGGUUUACAGCAGUAAAAAAAAAAAAAAAAAUAAUGUGAAUUAAUAUAGGUAUUUAAAUAGCGUUAUGUUUGGUCUGUAAUCAGUGUUCCUACAGCAAUAAUUAAGAGUACACACAGUGCAUUACCUGUUAUCAUAGUUGGAGAAAACGACAAGCACCGUUAAAAAAAAAUUUACAGAAGUGUAUAAAAUUGAUUAAAAUUAAUUAUUAUGAUCUUUGUGAUAACAUUUUGUUCGAUAGAGUGUUACACAUUUUGCAUACAUAUUACUUUUAAAUAAAUUAUUGGCAAUCGAACAAACAUGACUCUUUAAAAAAGUUCAAUAGUGUUUUAGAAAUAAUGAAAAUACUAAUACCAUUAAAUGCUGAUAAGUCUUAAGAAUUACGUAUAACGCACACGUUAUUAAAACAAUUGGUUUAUUUAAAAAAUCAAAUUUUACUUGAUAGCAAUUAAUUUUAGUACUAUUUAUGACAAUUUUAAUUUUUAAAGUAAUAAAAUUAAUUGUUAUCAAGUAAAAUUUGAAUUUUUAAAUAAAUAAAUUGUUUUAAUAACGUGUGCGUUAUACGUAAUUCUUAAGACUUAUCAGCAUUUAAUAGUAUUAGCAUUUUCAUUUUUUCUAAAACACUAUUGAACUUUUUUAAAGAGUCAUGUUUGUUCGAUUGCCAAUAAUUUAUUUAAAAGUAAUAUGUAUGCAAAAUGUGUAACACUAUCCAAUAAAAUGUUAUCACAAAGAUCAUAAAAAUUAAUUUAAUUUUCAUCAAUUUUUUAUACCUCUGUAAACUUUUUUUUAACGAUGCUUGUCGUUUUCUCUAAUUAUGAUAACAGAUAGUGUAAUGUGUGUACUCUUAAUUAUUGCUGUAUGAACACUGAUUACAGACCAAACAUAACGCUAUUCAAAUAUCUAUUCAAAUAAUAAAAAAUAUAAAUAAAUGAUAAUAUAAGAUGUAAUAUUAUGCUUAAAAUAUUAAAUUUACUUAAAAAAUAUUA